AUGGGGCUCAAGGGUUGGGUUGCUAAGUGGUGCUGCUUGGGCAAGGAUAGGAGUAGGAGACAGUUCUUCUUUUGGGACGAUGAGAUCGACUGCGGUACGCUGACGAACGACCGUGAGAAGACUGAAGCAUACUGCGAUGAUACGUUGAACUUCAUCAGACAUUGUCUUCAGCCAGAGCGCGAAGGCGAUGUUCCGGCACCUGGUCGGUUGCACAACUGCGGUCCCUGGGUUAGUAUCGGAAAAGCAAUGAACCAAGGGCAGUCGAGAGAAGCACGCGAUCGGUUCGCAGAAACGAUAUAUGACUUCGUCCUCGGCGUGCGGACUUCCCAGGCUACCUGGGAGCAGGGCAUAUCCACGUUGGAAAGUUACACGGCGCGUCGUCUCCGAACCGUCGGCACAAACCCUUGCGUCGCAAUUCUUCAGUGGGCCUACGGCCUCACGCUCCCCCAAUCCAUCUGGGAUCACGAAGCCGUGGUGGCUAUAACGCGCGAAGUGGCCAUCUCAGACUUCCUCUGGAACGACAUUGUCAGUUUGCGAAAAGAAAUUGACGACAGCGACAUCGACUCUGCGAUCCCGGUCAUUGUUUGGAAUGACGGAUGCAGUGCGCAAGCUGCCGUUGAUCGAUGUGUCAAGAUGGUCGAACAGAGCUGGUCAAGGCUUUUGGACGCGGAGAAGAGAUUGGUACAAGCACAUGCUGGCGAGGAGGAGCAGAUUAGACGCGAUAUCGAGACGCUGGUUGGCGGAUGCAAGGACAUUGUUGUGGGACACAUGGUGUACAGUUUGAAGAUACCCAGGAAUAUGGCGGCCGCCAAGAUGAGCGAGAAGGAUUGCAGCUUCCGCGUGGUUUUUCCCAACGAGCCACGCCUCGGCCGCCUACGAGGACGUAGUGCAUCUCCUACCCCAUAUGAUGACGGUGACGGCCGCUUCGGGUUCUCCCUGAAGAGCAAGAAGGGAUACACAAGGACCUUUUGA